GAGAGUGCUUGUACGAGUAUACCGGAUACUUCGAUCUAGACACGAUGAGUCUGUCGGUAGGCACCAACACCAACACGGACAGCCAUCCGCUGAGCAGUGGCCCUGCGUUGCCGAAGAACUACACAGCGAACGAGCGGAAGGAUCCGGUUUUCGCAAUGACAACAAGGACCAAGAGACGCUGGUUCGUUGUGUCGGUAGUGUCGAUAUUAGUUUGCUACCAGGCAAAGACAGGGUCUCAAUUCAAAACAUCAAUUGCGACCACGACCGCGGUUGCGAGAGAAAUUACCUUCUCGGAAAACAAUCAACACGACGGGUUGUUCUUGGAUGCCCAUAGCACACCACAGCAGCAGCAGCAGCAGCAGGAGGAGGCACACCACCACCAACACCACCAACACGCUGGUUCGCUUCUCGUCGAUGAAACCAGCAAAAAUAAUGGUAUCGUCGAAGCGACGAACGAAACAGUCGGUGCCCACGAAAAAAAUCGUACCAACGGAUCCGGACGCAUCGAGAACUCUUUCGCCAUUGAUAACGAGAAUGGGGCUAGUCUCAAACAAAGUAUCGGCAGCAAUAGAUCAUCGGGCACAAUUGCUACUAUUGAUGACAUUCUAAAGAGCAAUGAAACCAAUUCAAGUAGUACGCGCCCGACAACACCGGCAACACCGGCGGGAGCAGCAGCAGUAGCAGUAGCAGCAUUACCAACAUCACCUGUACCAGCAGCAGAAGUAGAAGCAGAAGCAGCAGCACCACCAUCAAUAACAAGAACCAAAUCGAUCUCAACGAUAAACGACAGUCUCUCUUACAACGAUACCAACGAAGAGGGCAGGGUUUCGAAUCUCACAGCAAUGGCGAUGUUCGCCGAGGCAAGAGCAGUUCUGGAGGAGCUACAGCUUCGUACGGAGGGGAACCAUGAUACCAACUCCCACGAGUGUCCGCCGCCCCUAAAAUACUAUAAGAACCGGAUAGUUUGGCCCUCAAUUACUGGUCCUGCUAACUUUACCAAUAGAAGCAUGAUGAAUGAUACUGGUUUUGAAAUAUCGGGAACGCGGAUGAUUCCCAAGAUUCUUCACGUGUCGAUGAGAUCCAGGUGCCUGCCACAGGACAUCGACAUGUACGUGAAGCGAUGGGAAGCCCAGCUACCCGGGCACUCCAUAAUCUUUCAUGACGACCAAGCGGUUCAUGAUCUGAUUCACGACGUGGAUUUGUGGUCUGAUGACUUUCCCUGGUUGGAGUCUGCCAUGAAGUGCGUCUUGUCCACGGGAGCAAUGACGAUCGAUGUCUGGAGGAUACUGAUCCUGGUGAGUGACUUUGAGGUAGUGCCAGGGAGUCAAAACUUUGCUAGGUUUCGACCAUAGGUAGCUUAUUUUUCCAUUAUAUUUUCCUCUCGUUUUCUCUUUUUUCCUCUUCGAUGAUGUUGGGCUUCUCAACACUCUUUUAAAUACAACACAAUAUUGUGGUUCAUAUCAAAGUACAAAUACGGGGGCAUCUAUACCGAUAUAGACAAUUGGCCCGAAGAUCGCUUCAAUGAAAGCACCAUACCCGGAGAUGUGUCUGGCUUUUUUUACAGCGAUGAUUGGAACCGACCGAGCCAGUGGUUCAUGGCCUUCGAGCCGAACCAUCCUCUGAUGUACCUGACGGUGGAAGAAAUAAUUCGGAAUCUUCUGAAACUCGAGAAGAUCCAGCAUCCCAAGGUAGUCUUCGUGACAGGCCCACACGCCGUCCGACAGGCCUACGUCAAGUUCGCGAUGCACGCGAACAGCAACAUCACCCUCGACGACUACCGCAACGAGAAGCGGAAAAGCAGGAUCAAUGGGGUACCACCCAUCGAUUUCAGUCAUAACAUCACAGAAGACAUAUUCAAGUCGCGGAGGACGCACCGAGGAAUGGCCGGAAAAGUCGUGCAAAAGGAGAAAUAUCCAAAAGGCAUACUCAAGCCAAAGAAAUUUUACAGCGAUAAGGUAGAACACAAUGGGACUAUCGUAAAACGCAAGGAGCGAAUCCAACUCGAAUCGGGAGUUCUGUAUUGGAAGAAGGGAAAAUAUGGGAACAAACACGAUAAAGAAUUAUGCCAGAGCGAACAAAGCAAAUGGCGAACAUUUCGAAACGAAACCAGCAAGUAAGGGAAAUUACCGAGGCUUUUGUCGAGUGCGCUGAGUACUUAUUCCUUGGUGAAAGUAUUCUUUGUGCUGCCAGUUAGGCUGCUUCCAAUGGAUCGGGAAAGGGAAACAAACAAUACUAAGUGUAUACUACAUUGAAGCAAGAAGUGCCACAUACUUGGCAUAAAAGAUCUAUGUUACUAAAGAAUGAUUCAAUAAUGUGCUUACUAUGAUCCACUUCGAAAGUUCGUAUUCCGGAAGUUUGUCUAGCGUAUGGACAAAGCGCUUCGAUAUCCAUGACUAGAAUAACUUCCUGUUCGAUUUCUUUCUAAGAUAGAGAUCAUCGACGAAAGCAGCCCUAUUCACUGAUACUGACCGAAAGUGAUGAGAGUUAUUCAUUCUUUCGGGAAACAUGGACCAAGAUGACUAAUUCGCAAGAUAAAAAUCUACUUAGCGUAACGUAUCUCACACUAAUAUGCAGCAGAUAUUUGAGAACAAAUAAGUGAAGAACUAUUGAAACCACUGCAUGACGAAUAAAAAUGUUGACCUUCAGAUCCAUUGCUUUUCGCACGAUACCUCUACUUCUGCAGAGAGACGCACUCUAAACGAUUCCUUUCUGCCUAUCCCUAUGUUUCUCUGAAGCAGGAACUAGGGCAUGGGUGUCGACUUCUCCUUUUGGGUUUGCGGAGUUUUUGCUGUGAUGGUGGCCAGGACUCCAUCCGAAGCAUUCGGAAUGACAGCCUCCCUAGUGCUCCACUCAACCGAGAAAUAAUUUGGAUCUUCGGGAUUCUUCUUGUCCCUCGAAAAGUCGUAGUUCUCAGGUAGCAUGGCCAGCUUGGGAAAGUCAAUCUUUCGCGCCAUUGUGGCUAAAAAGACCUUCAUUUCCAGCUGGGCGAGGUUCUUCCCAAGGCAGUAUCGAGGACCAAACCCAUACGGAACGUACCACUCCGAGCUGGGUUUUUCCAAUGCAGCUUCAUUGCUGUCAUCACCAUCCGCACUACUGCCAUCCAACCAUCUCUCGGGACGAAAGCCCUGAAUAGCAUCCAAGUGCAUCGCGUCAGGGAGUUUCGUGGCCGGAUCUUCCUCGUGGGUAAGCAUCAUAGAGGGAUCAAGGAGCCAACCCUUGGGAAUGACUGUCUUUCCAUCUCCAUCGACGUCAAUGUCUUUGAGGGCAAUGCGUGGGAUUCCGCCGACAACUGUUCUCAUACGUAGGGUUUCCUUCAGAACUGCGUCCAGAAAAGGUGCAUUGGUCGAAUCUAGACUUGACAAGGUGAGAUCAUCUCCUUCUCGAGCUCGGAUAUGCUCCUGUUCCUGUACCAGCUUGCUCCAGACAGAUGGGUGGAGUCCAAGGAAGAGCAUUGCAUUAGUCAGUGUGCUAGCAGACGUUUCCGAUCCGGCAAAAAUCAAAAUGAGUGCAUUGUCGAUGAGUUCUUGGCGACUCAGCUUCUUUCCAAUCCCCUCUUUACUACCAUUUUCGCUCUCGUCAUCGGUUGCAAAAACCAUUCCGGAGAGAGUUGACUUGUUAUCCGGCCCUUGCUCUAACAACUCAUCAAUCCGUUGCUCGAUUUUCGAUGAUACAUACUGUUUUGCCUUAUAACCUGGAGAGGAUUCCACUCCGACGCGAAAUAGAAUCCGCAACGACAUAAUGCCCUCGAUCCAGGUGGCCACUUGCUGUUCAAAAUAGGGAAUUUCUUCCUCUGGAAGCUCCAAGCCUAAAAUCUGCCGCCAGGCCACAUCGAGCGUGUAGUCGGUGCAGAUUUGUUGGAUCCUGACCUCCCCAUCAUUGGCCAUAGCAUCAUUCAUUUUUGAGACCUGUUCCUCGGCUGCUAACUGUAGGUUUGAUGCGCUUUGAGAAACAGCCGCCGGGGUCAUCGCCGCUCCAACGAGACGCCUCAAGUAGGAAUGGCGCUUUUUCUCGCGUUCGAACAAUAACGACUUCAUUGGCAUGAGUCCUCCGUCCAACAAAUCGACGCCGCUGCUGGUGAGGGAACCGUCAAACUCCAUCGAUAAUAUCUUUUGGUAAGUCUUGCCUCCUCCAAAUACAGCGAAAUUCUUUCCCAUAAAGUAGUAUUUCCAAACUUUUGGAACCUUUCCGAGGGAUGCACCUAGUUUCUUCGAAAUCCUUCGGUAAAAGCUUCCCGCUCCAUAAGACGCCUCAUUGCCUAUCAUAAAUGGGGAUCCGAUGAAGGGGCAGCCCAGUGGGCCGGGUAAGAGCUCGCUGCUUUCGCUGCUUGGAUAGGUCAGUCCCGGCCAGAAGACGCGGUGGCGGAGUCUCGAUGAAGCUGCCAAAAAUCCUGCCAAAAACAGGCCUGCCACUCGCAGGAUUUUGGAAGGCGUCGAAACUGCUGGAGAGAGAAAGAAAUGGCUAAUUCCUUUCAGUGCCGCCGCGGCAGGGAAUGCCCUAAGCGAGGUAUUGCUGCUCGUCGUUGGUCUCGUCACAACUCGUGUUGGAUUUUGACCAUCCGCCACCGCCGUCUUCGGUCCACGGAUUCGGUGACGUUGCAGUCGUGGUUGGUCAAGUUGGAACCCUCCUACUGCCAGAAGCAAUCCGGCGCAAAGGAAGACAACGAGAGCCGUAGUGCUACGAGAUCUCUUGAUAAUUCUUGUCAUUUUAAAUUUGAU